AUGGCACCAUAUGAGGCUUUAUAUGGAAGAAAAUGUAGAACGCCUUUGUGUUGGACAAAACUUAGCGACGAUAAGUUCAUAGGGCCAGAUUUGGUGAGACAAACAGAGGAGAAAGUGAAAAUCAUUCGAGAUAGAUUGAAGGCUGCCUCAGAUAGAUAUAAGUCUUAUGCAGAUUUGAAUAGGAAAGACAUUGAGUAUGAGGUCAGUGAUAAGGUAUUUUUGAAAGUAUCACCAUGGAAGAAAGUCCUCAGAUUUAAAAAAAAGGGUAAGUUAAGCCUAAGAUCAGAUCCCUCACAUGUCUUGUACAUAGAGACUAUUGAAGUACAACCUGAUUUAACAUAUGAGGAGGAGCCAGUACAGAUCUUGGAAUGGGAAAUUAAGGAGCUAAGGAAUAAGAAGAUUCUACUGGUGAAAGUACUAUUUGCUGGAUUUGCAACCACCGUAGGUGCAUGUUUUGCUAACAAGUAA